GUGAAACGUUUACUAUUGAACGUGGCCUUAGUAGUGUGAUUAAAUUUUUUUGUAGUAACAGCUUCACAGAUAUCAGCGUUGCGGACCCAAAGAGGAACUUUUUUGGGAGUGUUCAUCAUUUUAUUUUCACACCAACUCCAGAGCUCCAUGUCUCCUGCGUAGUGGUAGAACCUGUCUCCUCCUCGCAGCCUCGGUCAUCCAGGUGGUCUUCCUCACCGCUGCCUACGUCAUGGACUUUCUGCAGAUGAAGCAACUGAAGAGGAAGCGGAAGAGCAACUACAGCGUGCGGGAGACGCAGACACUUAUCCGUGAGAUCCAGCGCCGUCGUGACAUCCUCUUCUCACGGCAGCAGAACACAGCCGUGAAUGAGCUGAAGCGGCGGGCGUGGGACGAGGUGGCGGCGUGCGUCAACGCCCUGGGCGAGGGCGAGCUGCGCACAGCCGGAGAGGUGAAGCGCCGCUACCUGGACUGGCGCACGCUGAUGAAGCGGAAGGAGCUGCGCGCGCGACUCGCCCACUACGAGCCCUGCUCGCCUGACAACGAGGCCUCGCUCGGCGCCGCCGACCCCACGAACGACCCCGCGCACGACCCCGGAGGCUUUCCCAAGGACCCGGCCGGUUACUGGCAGGACCUGCCCGAUCCAGGCGAGAGCGGCGAGUCUGCUGGGGGCAUUAAGAUGGAGGACACAGAGGCAGUUGGAUAUAAUCUGGGUGGAGGUGUCGAUGAAAACAUGAUGGGUGAGGUGGAGGGUGAGGGAGAGGAGGAUGAGGAAGACUGCUUCCCCUCCAUCCUGCCCGAUGUGGAUGGGGAUGGUCACGGCCCAGAUGACUUUGCUCACAUCGACGAGUUUGGCGUGCUGAGCUCCUCGAAGCCCCUUCCUUGCCUGCCCUCGGCUCGUGAUUUGGGCCCUGGCGUGCCGGGUACGCCCGCUACACCUGAUGCGGGAGGUGCAGCGAUAGGCCUGUCUGCGGGCGACAGCACCAGCCUGCUGGUGGUGCUAGAGAGGCAGAGGUUGGACCUGGAGAAGCACAGGCUCCAAGUGGAGUCAGAGCGGCUGCAGGUGGAGAAGGAGCGCCUCCUGGUGGAGAAGAAGCGGCUCCGUCAGGCCGAGAUGGAGCGGGAGCGCCUGCAGCUGGAAAAAGAGCGCCUGGACAUGGAGCGGGAACGACUUCGACUGCUCGUGCACCAGUCAGCGCUGCCGCAGCAAAGCCCCGCCUCCUCCACCUCUGCGACCACACCCACCACCUCUUCUGUGCCCUCUUCGUCCUCCCUGGAGGCGGAGAAAGACACAAAGCCGGCCUGGCCAGCAUUGGUGGAUUUGGAGGCCGAGAAGCUGAAGCUGGAGAAGGAGCGCCUCCUGCUGGAGAAAGAGAGGCUGCAGUUCUUCAGGUUUGAGUCGGGCAGGUUGCAGAUCGAGCGAGAGCGCCUCCAAGUGGAAAAAGAGAGACUGCAGCUGCAUAAGGAUGGCCAACAGAUGACGCUAAACUCAUGAGCCUAGAUCAGCGGGUCUCAGCCCUGCUCCUGGAGAUCUACCGCCCUGCAGAGUUGUUGUUCAGGUCCUUAGGACCAUCUGAAUGUUAAGAAAUAGGUGUGCUUGAUUAAGAUCUGAGCUGAACUUUCCAGGGUUGGGGUGCAUCUCUUAAAGCAAGACUGAGCUUCAGUUUGAGUCUCUAUUCCCAUACAGGGUUACAGCCCAUCUCUGAGAACAAAGUUUUCCCUCAGUGUGUCCUGUUGUGUUGGAGCACCAGCAGAGCUGUUAGUCACAAAAUAUCUUCAAACCAGCAUUGCCAGAUGGACAGAUACUAUGGAUUAUAGUUCACCUUUGACAAGUACUCCAGUAGAGAGCCCACGGUAGCAGCUCGGUGUGUGUGUGGCCAGAGCAUAAAGCACGAGAGGCAGACAGUGCAACUGAUGAAGCUGGGGGUUAAAAUGAUGAGCAUGUCUGAUCAUGAUGGGAGUUGGAAAGCUGGACAAAUGAAAUUUGAUGAUCAGUGAUCGAGAAGGUUUUGCUUGUCUAUAAUGCUGGGAACAGCUUACUGGAUGUUUUUGUCAAAAGGUCAAGAAAUUGUCAAUCAAGGGUGCCAAGGAACACUUAUUGUAGGAGUUGUCACACAUGCUAGACCUUUGUGAGGUGUUGUGGGGCUUUCAAGAUGCUACUACGACACAUUGCAGUUGUUUGACUGACACAUUACUUGCUCUUUAUGCUCAUAUUCAGGCCCCAACACUGAAAAUUUGUCAAAGUUGUCAAUCAGGCUGACUUCAUGUAGUCUGAUCCCCGUGCGUGUGUGAGAGCGGUGUAUUCAGUCGUGGAUUUCUCGUGUGCGUGUGUGUGCGUGUGUGUGUGCGUGUGUGUGUGCGUGUGUGUGUGCGUGUGUGUGUGCGUGUGUGUGU